UGGAGGUAUGAGCGGAGGUAUGAGCGGAGGUAUGAGCGGAGGUAUGAGCGGAGGUAUGAGCGGAACUGGCGCCCCCGCUUUGAGUGGAGGCAUGAGCGGAGGCAUGAGCGGAGGCAUGAGCGGAGGCAUGAGUGGAGGCAUGAGCGGAGACCAGGACAUCACUGAUCUGAAGAGGGUUCUCUCCAGCUACCUCAAGAAGCGCGGUGACGGUCCCACUGGUGGAACUCCUCAUUCUGGUGGUAUGAGCGGUGGAUCUGGUGGUAUGAGCGGUGGAGCUGGUGGAAUGAGCGGUGGAUCUGGUGGUAUGAGCGGUGGAGCUGGUGGAAUGAGCGGUGGAGCUGGUGGAAUGAGCGGUGGAGCUGGUGGUAUGAGCGGUGGAUCUGGUGGUAUGAGCGGUGGACCUUCCCCACAAGGUGGUGAUGAGAUGAGCAGGCUCAUCCGCAACCUGAGACUCGUCCUGAAGAAUGCCAAGCGUACCGUCUAAACGGGCAAGAUGUUCUAAAAACCUAGCGGAUCGACAUACAAGGACGACAUUGGUCGAGGUCAGAGGUGAUGAACACUACACCUGCAGGAGAGUCCCUGAAAUCACACACAUACACACACACACGCACACACACACACACACACACACACACACACACACACACACACACACACACACACACACACACAUACCUCGGACUGUAGUGCAAUGGGAUCAGGCCACGGCUGUGCAAGAAUUUUUUUUUCAAUUACUGGUUUUUUUUCGGUGCAAAGUCACCCUAAAACGACUCAUAAAACAUUCCCCCUUCCCUCCUCUAUUUUUUCCCUUGAUGAUCAAUUCUUUUUGUCAUCGUUUCGACAAAGAAUUGAACAGCAUUCUCCUUCGUAAAACACAUUUUCUAUCCAAUUUUAUUUAAGGAAUAAUAAAUUGAACAGACAAAUGAAAAAUGA